ACGGAUCGGGGAGGCGGUGGAUGGGGCGGGGGAGCUGUGAUUUCUGCAUGAAGAGAACAUGGAGCCUACCCUGCCUCUGCCUGGGGGAGACCACGGCCAGACUCGGGGCAGGCAGUUCCUCUUUCUGCGAGCUGCUGAUGCGGCAAUCUGCUGAUGUGACAGCCCCCCACUCCCGUGACCGGGGGACCCUGCGUUGAAGUAGCCACACCCUGUGUGUGUGGCCUCUUAGGCACUGUGGUCUGCUUCAGCUGUACAGCCGGGGCCAGGGCCUGAAGGCGCCAUGAUCCCCACCUUCAUGGCCCUGCUCUGCCUGGGGCUGAGUCUGGGCCCCAGGAGCCAAGUGCAGGCAGGGACCCUGCCCAAACCCAGGCUGUGGGCUGAGCCGGGAUCUGAGAUACCACGGGGGAAACCUGUGACCCUCCGGUGUGAGGGGAUGCUGGGAGCCCAGGAGUACUUUCUGUACCAAGAGGGAAGCCACGUGCCCUGGGACAGACAGACCCCACUGGAGCCCGGGAACAAGGCCAGGUUCUCCAUCCUGUAUAUGACCAGCGGCCAUGCAGGGCGCUAUCGCUGUUUCUAUCACAGCCCUGCCGGCUGGUCACCGCACAGUGAGGCCCUGGAGCUGGUGGUGACAG